GCAUUCCGCGCCGGAAGUGAGUAAUCGGCGUCGGAAAAGCCGCGGAUGCCGGGGGGUUUGGGGCGGUGUGGGUUGUGGGCCAUGCUGGCGGGCCCCGGGACGUGCGGGCGGCCGCUGCCUGUCUGCGCGGGUUCCGAGCGGCGCGUCUGCCUGGCCGGGGGUGCGGGCCAGGCGGCGUGGGCUGCGGCGGCUCUACGCGGGGGCGGGCUAGUGGCGGUGCCCACCGACACGGUCUACGGCGUGGCCUGCUUGGCACAAAACUCCGCGGCCGUCGAGGCCCUGUACCGGCUGAAGGGGCGCCCCGCUGAUAAGCCGUUGGCCAUCUGCCUGGGCGACGUCGAGCAGGUGCACAGGUACUGCCGCGUCCCGGUGCCCGAAGAGGUGCUGCGUGAUCUCCUGCCCGGUCCCGUGACGUUGGUGCUGCCGCGCUCGGACGCCCUCAACGCGGAUUUGAACCCCUUCACACCGCUGGUGGGCGUCCGGAUCCCCAAUCACCACUUCGUCAGGGAGUUGGCCAGGAUCUGUGACGGUCCUUUGGCUUUAACCAGUGCCAACGUCAGCGAGAGGGCGAGCAGCCUCACCGUCAUGGAAUUCCAGGAGCUUUGGCCUCAUCUUUCACUGGUCAUCGAUGGGGGUCCAACUGGGGAUUCUCUUAGUCCUGAGUGUCGGCUAGGCUCAACUGUGGUUGACCUCUCCAUCUCUGGAAAAUACAGGGUUAUUCGACCAGGAUGUGCACUUAUUCAAACUGUUGAAGUCUUGGCAUCCAAAUAUGGAUUGAGAGCUGUGGUGUCUGGAGACUGAAAUAUUGAACCUUGGGGACACUGGAGUGCUGUCAGGCUUUUCCGAGCCAAGAAAACAAAAUGUUUAUGUGAUCAUUAUGAUUUCAAAGAGACUCUGCCUUAGCAUCCUUGAUGUUGUUGCAGCUUCAGAAAUUGUCCAAUUUGUGACUUUGAGGACUCUUGCCAAAUGGCUGGAUUUUCUUUAAGACUUAAAAGUGCAGCUAUUUCUGAUUUCCUGAAACAUUUCUGCCAUCUGGUUUGUCACACAGACUAAAUAACUUUUCCUACUCUGUAUAAAGAAGCAAGCUUAUGUGAACUGAAAACGGAUCUUGCAAGGGAUUAUUUGAACAUUUGGAUAUGAAUCUGAGUUGAACACAUUGAAUAAUGUAGGAGGGUUGAAUAUAGAACUAAAUAAAUGGGUGUGGCUAUCUGUAGA